CUGGUUUUCAUGAACGACCCACGUUUAUUUUGCCUCUGUGGACAGCUCUCUCCAGGCGACAUAUGCAUCAGUUCUGGCCAUCGCUCGUUCGAAGAAAACAAGGAUGAAUCAAUGCCAAGAGCCAGGUGAAGGGCAGGAGUAUGUGACUGAAAUUGUAUGUCAGGAGGCUGACCUUAAGGAUGGGCAGAUGAAGGAAGUUACUGUUGCAGAGCAGAAGGUGUUGCUUGUCCUUACCCAGGGUCAGUACAGUGCUGUUGGAGGCCAGUGCUCUCAUUACAAUGGUCCUCUUGCCAAAGGUGCCUUGGUUGGUAACAGAGUGAGAUGUCCCUUUCAUGGCGCUUGCUUUAAUAUUAGAACUGGAGAUAUUGAAGAGUAUCCAGGUUUGGACUCCCUGCCCAUCUACAAGGUCAAAGUUGAGGAUGGGAAUGUGUAUGUUUCCAUCAACAAAAACACUCUGAAGUUAACGAGGCGAGUUAAGGCGAUGUGCAGUAAGGCGCCAGACAGCAAACACACUGUCUUGGUGAUAGGAGGAGGCCCUGCCUCGCUGGUUUGUGCUGAAACACUGCGGCAAAACUGCUACCAAGGUCGAAUCAUCAUCAUAACCAAAGACAACCUGACUCCUUUUGAUAAACCCAAACUGAGUAAGGCUAUGAAUGUAGACAGCGGCAGCAUCCUUCUCCGGUCAAGUGACUUUUAUCAGCAGUAUGGGAUCGAAGUGUUGACACAGAAGGAGGUGGUGUCUGUGAAUCCAGCCAAUAAGACCGUAAAGCUGAGUGACAGCACUUUACAGCAUUAUGACCAGCUGCUUAUCUCCACUGGCUGCAGAGCACGGCCGCUCAGCUGUCCUGGUUCAGAGCUGAAGGGGGUGAAGUUACUGGAGAAUUACGAAGAUGCCAAAGAGAUUAACAGCUCCUGUUUGGGUCACAAAGCUGUCAUUAUAGGAGCCUCAUUCAUAGGUAUGGAGGUGGCAUCCUUCUUAUCAGACAAAGCUUCCAGCGUGACUGUGGUUGGCUCUAAAAGUUACCCGUAUGAAAGCUCUCUGGGACCAGACAUUGGCAAGAUGUGUAUGCAAAUGUUGGAGGAAAAAAAUGUGAAGUUCUUUAUGAAUGAUGAAGUUACUGAAAUCAAAGGAGAAAAUGGCAAGGUGAAGGGGGUGGUGCUGAAGAAUGGUGCAGUCCUGGAUGCAGAUGUGGUGGUUGCUGGAAUUGGUGUAAUCCCUAAUACAGAUUUCCUAACUGGGAGCACGCUGGAGGUGGAUUCAAGGAAAGCUUUGAUAGUUGACAAGUUCAUGAGGACAAAUCUUCCAGAUAUUUUUGGUGCUGGAGAUGUGACUUCUUUCCCUCUGACUAUUCGUGGGGAUCAAAGGGUCAACAUCGGUCACUGGCAAAUGUCGCAAGCUCAGGGAAGAGUUGCAGCUUUAAACAUGCUCAAUAAGCCAACCAAAAUCGAGUCUGUCCCCUUUUUCUGGACUGUGCUGCUUGGGAAGAGUAUCAGAUAUGCUGGCUAUGGAGAAGGAUACACAGAAAUAGUAUUUAAAGGCAAAGUGGAAGAAAGAAAAUUCCUGGCGUAUUACAUAAAAGAUGAGGUGGUGGUAGCUGCUUCCAGCCUGAUGUUUGAUCCUGCUGUGUCUCGUAUUGCAGAGAUGAUGGCUGCUGGACAGAUUAUAACAAAGACUCAGGCUCAAUCUGAUGAACUGCAGAUGUAACCUGAGACACGCUGUAUCCAGAAUAACACCACUCAGGAUACUGCCAUUCUUUUCUCUCGCCAUCUAAUGCUGACAAAUUGGAUUGCGUCCCUCACUGCCUGAAGGUGCCUGAAAGCC